AUGGACAACUUGGUCGAGACGCUGCAGACGCAGCGCGAGGAGCUCCUGACGGCGCACGCUAACGCCAGUGAUCGCGAGACUGCGCGUAAGCUCGUGCACCAGCUUAAGGCCGUAUCGGAGGAACUAGAGCUCGUGGCAGCGACGGCCACGUCUUCUGCUCAGUCCGCUCUUUCUCCGGACUUGUAUGCUAGCUACCUGCUAGUCGUGCUGCUGUCCAAGAACCUCAACGACGCGCGGUUCCUGUGGAAACGCAUUCCAAUCGAGAUUAAGCAGCUGUCUGAGGAGCUUCGCAACGUCUGGAAAGUCGGCAGGGCGCUGUGGCAGCGGAAUCUGGCAGCUGCCUACGCGGCAAUGGAUUACGACUGGUCACCAUCUCAGCAAGGACUCGUGGAGGCGCUUAAGACUUCUACGCGCCAAGACGCAGCCGAGUUGCUGAGUCUGGCAUACUCGACAGUAUCUGUGAGUGACGUAGCGUUUGCUCUGGGGUUUGCUCGACACGAAGACGCUGUGCAAUACUGCUCGUCGCUGGGUUGGGAGGUGUCAGCCGCAGAUCAAUUGAUCUUACCGAAACCAUUGGCCAAUAUUCGUCGCGGAAACUCGACAGUGGUGGAUCUGGAUCAACUCGACACGCUAUCCAAGACGGUGCUGCAUCUGGAACAGAACACAGUGCUCAAGCUGUCGUAAGAUGGUCAAGUCCACGCGUUCGUAGCCAAUUUCUGCGUAAUACUGGCGACGAGUCAAUAUAAACCGUCUGUUCAGACAA